AUUGGAUUCUCUGGAAGAGUUAGUUUUUUAGUCCAAUAAAAAAGCACGUUUGCAACGCUGCUUUUACAUGCUAUUAAUCUAUUGGUCAGUUUUGGUCCAAUCAAAAUUCAGACUUUUGGACCCUCAUUUGCAUAUACGUGAUAUAAAUACUCGGGAUACUCCCCCCCCCCUCACUCUUUUCCUUGUUGGUCACAACUUUUCUGCUUUUGGUGUUGUUUAUCAUGCCUGAGCCAGCGAAGUCCGCCCCGGCCCCGAAGAAGGGCUCGAAGAAGGCGGUGACCAAGGCGCAGAAGAAGGACGGCAAGAAGCGCAAGCGCAGCCGCAAGGAGAGCUACUCGGUGUACGUGUACAAGGUGCUGAAGCAGGUGCACCCCGACACCGGCAUCUCGUCCAAGGCCAUGGGCAUCAUGAACUCGUUCGUCAACGACAUCUUCGAGCGCAUCGCGGGCGAGGCGUCGCGCCUGGCGCAUUACAACAAGCGCUCGACCAUCACGUCCCGGGAGAUCCAGACGGCCGUGCGCCUGCUGCUGCCCGGGGAGCUGGCCAAGCACGCCGUGUCCGAGGGCACCAAGGCCGUCACCAAGUACACCAGCUCCAAGUAGACUCGCCGAGUAAGCUUCUUGUUAACCAACCCCAAAGGCUCUUUUCAGA